GACGACCGUCUUCCUCUUCCUCCCGUUGAUCUCAAAACCCUCCCCUUGUUGCAAUGGGCCGCCGGCGAGGAAAACGACGAUAAUUGCUCUGUCGUUCUUAACAAAAUUGAAGCGGAAGAAGAGGGAGAUAGCGACGGCGGCGACGGGAUUGUGGGGUGGCCGCCGAUUAACUUCCGGCGGAACAAGAAACAGAGGAACCAGAUGAUGGUCGUCAAUCGGCCUUCUUCUUGUUCCGGGGAAUGCGGAGCGGCGGGGCCCACGCCGUCAAUGUACGUGAAGGUGACGAUGGACGGAGUCGGGAUCGGAAGGAAGGUCGAUCUUGCACUCCACGAUUCCUUCUCUUCCCUUAGACGGCAACUCUUCGCAAUGUUCGGACUACCGGAAGAGAAUCCCUGGGACGGCGGCGCCGGCGAGUAUCAGCUUACGUAUCAAGAUCCGGAAGGCGACUGGCUAUUGGCUGACGACAUCUCAUGGAGGUAUGACAAUACACACCCGCUUAUUUUUAUACCAUUUCUUCACUUUCGAGCUUGAAAUUUGCCAAAUUCGAUUUAGAAUGUGACGGAUGCUAUCAUACUUAUAUUAUCGUUAGGUUAAUUGUUCGAAAUGUAACAAAAUAUUAUUAAAAAAAACGGAUUUUUCAUUUCCUUUUAGUUUCAUUCGUUGAUACUACAAAUUUAUAGCACAAUUUUCAACCCCCCUCUCACAAUAUAAGCGAUCUCGAUUAGUAGAUACACUUCUUGACGCUUAUCCUGUCAGCGAGUGGCAAAAUCGACCGUUCUAUGACAUAAAAUCACAUAUCCUAGUUUGGUAUCUCCUUAAAUUUCAAGAUGUUGGGUGGCAGAAAAAUGAUGAUAACAGAGUAUGGUGGUUGCAGGAGUUUUAUUGGGUCAGUGCAGCGGCUGAGGCUGAUGAGGAGCAGCAGCAGUGGCAGCAGCUGAUUGAAUUGAGGAUAGAUAGGGUCAGGAUUUGGUCCAAGUUUUGCUCACAGUACUUUUUUCUGAUCUGUAGUGUAGCAUAACUAAGCGUGUAUAGAUAUUACAGAGUCUAAUUUGUAUGUUAUUAUGAACUUGUGAUACUUGAUUUUAUAAUUUCUACAUCUAUUAUAACCA